AUGGUUCGUCUGUACUGGAUAUCUGCGCUCUGCGGUCAUCGAAGACAAGCACGCGAGCGCCGCCAGUACAUCUAUGCCAAGCAGACGUACGCUCGGAAGCAGCAAAUCAAGGAUGCGCUUGCUAACGGAAAGGCGCUGCCUACGGAGCUAAAGAAGGAUGCAGGCACUUUAGGGAAGGACUUGGCUUUCGACGAGGCGCAAGCAGACCCUUCUUCGCACAUCGACAACGAGUACUCGCGCGCGGGGAUAUGGACCCCAAAAUCAUCCUCGAAGCUUCUGCAGUUCUCGAAGGAGAUGCGUCUCGUGUUCCCCAACUCACAUCGCAUAAACCGAGGAAACUACGUCGUGAAAGAGUUGGCGGAGGCAUGUAGAGCCAACGACGUCACAGACCUCGUUAUCCUGCAUGAACACCGUGGUGUGCCAGAUGCUAUGAUCGUCUCCCACUUCCCGCACGGACCGACCGUAUACUUUACGCUACACAACGUGCAGCUGCGGCACGACAUCGCGUCUUACAAGUCCUCUACCCUAGGCGAGCGCAUCCGCGACGUCCUGAAGCAUCUGUUCCCAGUGCCAAAGGAAGAUAGCAAACGCGUCAUGACGUUCGCGAAUGAGGAUGACUUCAUCUCUUUCCGGCACCACGUCUUCAUGAAGAUUCCCCCAAAGCAAAUUCAGCUCGCCGAAGUUGGGCCGCGAUUUGAGAUGAAGCCGUACGAGAUUCGUCAAGGAACGAUCGAACAAUCGGAAGCUGAGCGCGAAUGGGUGCUUGCGCACUACUCAAGAACGGCCAAAAAACGCAGCAUGCUCAGCGGACCUCCGCCACGUCCAUCCGCGGUCAACACCGAGGAAACGGAAAAGAACCCAAAGAAACGCGCAAAGCGAUCAUAG